AUGAGCGAGCGUUGGGACGUGGGCCGGGCGCUGGCGCUGGCCGCGCUGUUCCGGCUGCUGCAGGGCGCGGGCCGGGGCUGCGCCGAGCCCUUCCUGCCGCUCUACCUGCGGCUGCUCGGGCUGCCCGCGCCGCUGCUCGGGGCGGCGGCCGGGGCCCGGCUGCUGGCGGCGCUCGCCGUGCCGCUGUGCUGCCCGCGGGGCCGCGCCGGGCGGCUCCCGCUGCUGCUGACAGCGGGCUCGGCGCUGGGCUCGGUCGGGGCCAGCCUGGCGCUCACCCUCAUCCCGCCCGCGGGGCACACGGGGCACACGGGCUGCAGCCUGCAGCUCGGCCUGCCCGGCGCCCGGCCUGCCCCGCUGCCCUCCGGGCUCCCCUCCGCUCUGCCCAGCCCGGUGCCCAGCCCGGUGCCCGGCCCGGUGCCCCGCCCGGUGCCCACCGCAGUGCCCGGCCCGGUGCCCAGCCCCGGCAGGAGCAGUGACAGAGUGCUGAACCCGAGCGCUCCGCCGCACACCAGAGCUGUGCCAGGGCGAGCGGGGACAACGGCUGCUGACGUGUCGGCAGCGAGCAGAGAGCCCGCUGUGCGCAGUUCAGCCUCCCAGGGGCUGUUGGGCACAGCAGGUGCGCUUCAGGAACGCGGCAGAGGGGCUGGAGAAGGUGAUCCAAAGGGAAAAGGCUCCUUGGAUGGUUCCUCUGGCCGGACAGUGGAAGGCAUCGAUCAGCAGACGCCGGAACCAGGAGGGCCGGCAUCCUACGGCCCUCCCUCCCCUGGGCUCCAGGAGGAAACUCCAGGCUCUGCCGCCACCAAUCUUGCUGAUAAUGCUGAGGAAAGCCUAAAUGCUACUGCGAGUAAUGAGGCAGUUUUGUUUAAAACAGCUCUUCCCGCUGUCGCAGAUGCCCACGUGUCUGAAAACCUUUCAGACUCUCGAGAUGCCAGCUCGGAGGCAGCGCAGAGCAUCUCCCAGGACAGAGAGUACCAGGUUUUUCUCAUGGUCCUGUGUGCCGUGGUGCUUUGGGAGCUGCUGGCCACUUUCCUGGAAUGGGCCAUGGAUGAGAAUGUGUACGAGUACCUGGACUUUGCGGACGCCACGGACAGGCACGGGCGGCUGUGGCCGUGGGGCUGCGCGGGCGCGGCCGCCGGAGCGUGCGGCGUGUCCGUGCUGGUGGAUCGCCUGCCCUGCUCCUUCGGCGGCUCCAUCCCCCGCCUGGCCGUGCACUUCUACGCCCACGCUGUCCUGGUGCUGCUCUCCCUGGCGGUCAGCAUCUCCUUUCCCAGCCGCGCUCCCGGGCGGAGCGCCCGCGCUCCGGGGCUGCCCAAGGCGCUGUCGCUGCUGCGGGGGCACGGCCGGGCGCUGCUCUUGGCGGGCACCCUGUUCCUCGUGGGCGCCGCCAGCUCUGCCAGCCACAACUUCCUGCCGUGGCAGCUGCAGGACCAGGGCAGUAGCGAGCUGCUCGUGGGGCUCUGGGUGGCGCUGGGGCCGCUGGCAGAGCUGGCCCUUCACCCGCUCGGGCCGCGGCUGCUGCGGGCACUGCCGGGCGGCGGGGCUGAGGCGCUGGGCCUGGGCGCACUGGCAGCGCAGCUCCUGAGCUAUUCCCUGCUCCGGGUGCCCUGGGCAGCGCUGCCCCUGCAGGCCCUGUCCGGCCUCGGCAGCGGGGCCCUGCGGUGGCACACGCAGGGGACAGCGCGGGACGUGGCCACGCCGGGCACGGAGCGCGCCCUGCUUGCCCUGCUGCGGGCACUGGGCACGGCAGGGGCCGGCCUGGGCAGCCUCGGGGCAGGCUUUGUGGUGCAGCACCUCGGGCUGCCCGUGCUGCUCCAGGCCAGCUGCGUGGGGCUCGGCAUCUGGACCCUCUUCUUCCUAAUUGUCCGAUCCAGAUUGCCCCAGCAGAGAAAACUUAAUUAUUCCCAGCUCCUGGCUGCUGAUUCCAGUGAAAUGAGUGACUCUGAGGAGGAGAGCGAGGACUGGCUGGUAAAGGCUAUGAAGGAUGAGAGCUUUAACAGGAAUUGGAUACAGCAGCAUGGGAUCAACUAG